GAAAAAAGAAAAGAAAAAUAUUCCCGCGCAUAUCCUACAUUUCAGGCAGUUUGAUUGAGAUGAUUUACGACUUACUUCUGGAGUAUCUGACAGAAAGAAAGAGGGAAAAAAAAUUAAAAAGAGUGGUUCCAGGCCGCAAUCCGACCCAGAGCCACCAGCUUCGUCUCAAUCUGAUACACAAUUCUCCCGCCCGCCAAUCCACUGAUCUCCCCAAAGACACAAGAUUGAAGUAGGGGAAAUUGCGAACCAAAAAAGAAAAAGACAUUCGAAACACAAAAGAACAAUGGUGCAAGAAGCCACAGGACGCCUCUGGCAGCGGCCCUCCCACCUCUCCCGACCCAAGGAAAACCCCAAAACAGAGUGAGUGGGUACAAGGAGAGCGGCGUCCCACUUCGGCGAAAUUGUCCCAAUGGCGGAGUGCCCCUGUUGCCAACCGUUAAAAAACAAUGGGUGAGUUGGAAGCAGAAAAAAGGUUCAAGUGGAGUGGAAUAACAUUCGAGGGCCGUUCGAUGAAGCUUCUCCCGAGAGACGCAAAGCCGAGAGAAAGAAAAAGGGAAAGCAAAAAGGCGUGGUACAAUUUUCUUGGGUUUUGGUACUCGGUUGGUUGGCGCCGUGGGAAGUUACCACGGAGGAAUUCCGCCAUUUUCCACAGACUUUGUGCCAUUUUUUAACUUUCUUUUUUUUUUUUUUUGUCAUUCUUCCCAUAAACGCCUCAUCAAGCCCGAAGGACUACUCUAUCGGUUCUUCCUCCUCCUUUCCUCCAGGGGGAGGCAAAAAAGAAGACUCUUGCGUGACAUGAGCUGAUUAUGUGACCUGUUUAAAAAAAAAACCGACGCAUUGAAGAUCUGCCGGUUGAGGUUAAUAUUAACGAGGAUACUGCUCUUCUGAAGUCACAGGGCAGAGGAGUGACGUCGCUUCGGUGAUGUUCCGUGGAUUUUUCAACCCGGGCAUCUUACCAAGAUCGCUGCCAAUAA